AUGGAGAAUAUAAGAGCUCCAUUCCGAGGAAUUAAAAGCGAUAUUCAAGGAAGAAUUUCAUGUUAUAAGCAAGAUUGGAUUAACGGUUUGCAAUAUGGAUUCGGGAUACUUACUCCUGCGACCUCCAUCAGUUUUGCAUCUGCUCUUCCUGCUAUAGCAUUUGGUGAACUGUUAAGUAAAAAAACAGGUGGGAGUCUGAGCUCAGUGCAAACAUUAUCUUCGGCAGCGAUUUGUGGGCUGCUGCACUCACUAUUUGGAGGACAACCACUUCUAAUACAAGGAGUUGCUGAACCAACUGUUCUUAUGUAUACCUUUUUGUUUGCUUUUGCUAAACAAAGGGAGGAUUUAAAGCAUCACUACUUGGCUUGGACAGCAUGGGUUUGUGUGUGGACAGCUGUUUUGCUGCUGUUAUUAGCGAUUUUUAAUGCCUGUGCAGUCAUUGAUCGGUUCACAAGAAUAGUAGAAGAACUUAUUGAAAUGUUAAUUGCUCUGCUCUUUAUCCAAGAGAGUAUCAAGGGGAUUUUAAGUGAGUUUCAAGUGCCCAAAGGGAAAGAUCCAGACAUUAAGGCGUACGAGUUCGAGUGGCUUUACUCAAAUGGAUUGCUUGCCAUCCUAUUUUGUCUAGGCUUUCUCUAUACUGCCUUCAAAACUAGAAAAGCAAGAUCAUGGUGGUAUGCAACAGGCUAUAUAAGAAAUUUUGUUGCGAAUUUCGGGGUUCCAUUGAUGAUAGUAGUGUGGACAGCGUUGUCGUAUGGUGUACCAAGCAAAGUUCCUUCUGGAGUUCCUAGAAGAUUAUUUAGUCCUCAUCCUUGGGAUUCUGAUUCUUUGCAUCCUUGGACUAUUGCCAAGAAAAUGGGAGAAGUGCCAGGAAGAUACAUCCUAGGGGGCUUAAUACCAGGAAUAAUGGUAGCAGGACUAUUCUUUUUCGAGCAUAACGUGGCUUCAAAAAUGGCACAACAAAAAGAUUUUAAUCUCAAGAAUCCUUCUGCUUAUCACUAUGAUAUAUUUCUUCUUGCCUUUAUGACUUUGGUUUGUGGAUUGCUUGGACUUCCUCCUUCUUAUGCUCUUCUUCCUCAUUCUCCCAUGCACACCAAGAGCCUUGCUGUCCUCAAGAGAGAGUUGCUUAGAAGAAAAAUGGUGGAAAGUGCUAAAGCAAGUAUACGUGAAAGGGCGAGCAACUCUGAAAUUUAUGGCAAUAUGCAAGCUAUUUUCCUUGAAAUGGACAUGAACAAAUUGACAAAUGCAUUAGUUAAGGAGCUAGAAGAUUUAAAGCAAGUAGUGAUGAAAGGAGAAAGUGAUGAAAAAAAUGGGAAUGUAACAUUUGAUCCUGAGAAGCACAUUGAAAGCUACUUACCAGUCCGAGUCAACGAGCAAAGAUUGAGCAAUCUUUUGCAAUCCCUUUUCCUUGCAUUCUCAAUUUUUGCCAUGCCUGCCCUAAAAAGAAUGCCAUCUUCACUUCUUUGGGGUUAUUUUGCUUACAUGGCCAUUGAUAGUCUUCCUGGUAACCAAUUUUGGGAAAGAAUUCAACUUCUUCUUGUCAAUAAGAGUAGAUUACACAAGGUAUUGAAGAGGAACCAUGCUUCAUAUGUUGAAACAGUCCCAUUUAAAAGCAUAGUAGCAUUUACAAUAUUUCAACUAACAUACUUGCUGAUUUGUUAUGGCAUGACUUGGAUACCCUUAGUUGGAAUAAUAUUUCCCAUGCCAUUCUUUCUUCUAAUAGUCAUAAGACAUGUUGUACUACCAAAGUUCUUUGAACCACUUCACUUGCAUGAACUCGAUGCACACGAGUAUGAAGAAGUCCUAGCUUCAACCCCUUCUUUGCGUCGCGUGUCUUUCUCUUUCAAGGAAAAUGCAACUCCUUAUCUCAACAUUACUCAAAAAGAAGAAGAGACGGAAGACAAAUUUUCUGAUUCAGAAAUGUUAGACAAGUUAACAACCAAUAGAGGAGAAUUAAAAAUUAGAACUGUGAGCUUUCGUAGCGAAAGAUGGGCUUCAACUGCUACCAAAGAGGUGAACCCUAGAACUUGGAGCUUUCGACACGAACCACAUUUCAAGGUCCAUCCGGAGGACAUAGUUUAGCUCAAUAUCUGCGAUUGAUGGAGUUGAAAACCUGAUGAUGAUGACAAAUCAUGGAAUCAUAUGAUGGUCAUAGUUGAAGAUGCAAUUCGAGAUCAGAAUCUUAAAUUUCAUUUGUUUAAUGUUAUAGAUGACUAGAUGUACAUGUACAUACAUAUCAUCUGUGUAGAUAUAUUGGUACAUA